AUGUUCCUAUCCGAAUCAAAAAAAUGUCUAAUUGGCGCUGUUUUAAUCAAAAUAGGAUCCGCAUUAUUGUUAACUUGGGGAAAGACAAAUGUUUAUUUCUAUUCUUUCUACAAGCAAACAGAACCUGAUUUAUCUAUAGCAUACAACACUUUGCCUAUUGCCAUCAUGGCCCUUCCUAUCGCCCUUAUUACAAUAUUUUCAGUAAAGAUUGCAAAGAAGGUUGGAUUUACAUUGCACAUAAGAAUAGCCACUACAAUGUAGUGUGCAUCAAUAUUAAUCGCUCCUUAUAUGCCUACUUAUUUGACAUUCUUAUUCUUUUAUAUUUUCUUAUAUGGAAUAGGGUAUUCAAGCGUAGCAUUUCCAGUUUUUUCGUGUGCUUGGAGCCAUUUUAAAAAAUCAGAAGGACGAGUUUCUGGUCUUUUAUUAGGAGCAUAUGGUUUUGCAUCAGUAAUCUACGUGAUAAUAAUUACUUAUGUCAGCAACCCAAAUAAUUAAUAAGCAGACCUUUAAACUGAACAUAAAACAUAGAUAUAUAAAUAUUUUUCAGGAAGUGUGGCUUAAAAUGCAUAAAACGCUGCUCAAUUAGUGAGUUAUGUUGCGAGUUUGUGUUGUUUAAUUGGAGGAUUCUUGAUACGUCCAUACGUUUAGACAACUUAAUACAAUUAAGUAGGGGCUGGCGAUUAGAAAAUAUAAUCAUUUGAAGAGGAAACACCUAAAUAAAAUGAUAAAGAUGUAUAAUAAGAUUCAUCUGUUGAAAUGGAUCCUUCAUAAGUGGCUGUAAAUGAUCUGCCUCUUGAAAUUGCUUCAGACCAUGGCUUACCUUAAAUUAAAAUUAAAUAAUCUUUAUCUGCAGCAAUAAAAUCAAUAUAAUUUCUAACUAUCAUUUGUUGCUUGAGUGUCUUAACUUUAUUUCUAUUGACUCUUGGACUAAAUUAUAAGAGUUAUUUCCUAUCGAAAAUUAAUGAAGACUUCUUUAUUACCUUUGUGGAUUUAGUUGCUUUAUUGGCAUCAUCAUUUGCCAACAUACUUUGGGGUUUUUUGAUUGACCGAAUUAAUUUUAAAAUACUAUUUGCAAUCAUCUACUUUGUUAGUGGAAUAGGCGCUAUUGCCUUGCCGUUUUCAGCUGCAGACAAGGUUUCAUUCUUUAUUGUUUAUGUCAUUACUAUGAUGUUUGAUAAAGGUGCAUUAGUUGUAACAGGCCCUGCUUUAAUCAAGAUUUUCGGAGAUGAUAUUGGACAUCAAUUAUUCCCUUUAACAUAUAUUAGUUCAUUAAUAUCCGUUGUAGUGGGACCUGUUAGCUAGUUUAUAUUAUUGAAGUACUUUUCAUUUGAUAUAAUAUUAUAUUGUUAAGGGUCAUUAAUUUUAUUAGUGAUUAUUUUCAUUAUUAGACUAAAUAUGAAUUAUUAAAAAUGA